AUGGAUGAGAACUCAGUCGCUUACUCCCCACUAGAACGUGUAAGACCGGAUUUUUUGUCAUAUGAAACAACCUCUCAGUUUUCAACUGCGUCAUACUUACUGCCCAAGUUCACUCCCGAAAGCGAUGGGUCCGUUUUGGAUCGAUCAGCCGCCGGAGCUAUUACACCUAGAACUCUCACGCAUGGGACGAAAGCAUCUGAUUUCUCAGACGUUUCGGAAUACCUGCGGUCUGCGUAUCACAAACAUCAAACUAGCCGAACUGACCUUAUAGCAGCCUUAGUCGACUUGAACGACCCAAUACUUACUGCACUAGCUAACCGUUGUCUCCACACAAACCUGCCUACCCACAAUCGACACCGAGGAGACUACCACACCAGCAACCCUCGUGAUGACAAUCAUAAUCAUGGUGACAAUAAUCAUGGUGGCAAUAAUCAUGGUGACAGCCGUUGUCGGGAUGGUGAUGACCUUCGCAACUAUUCUUCCGUCGACCCCGCAGCAAUGGACAAAGACACUCCCAGGCAUCGCAGAAGAGCAGUAACUCCUCUAAUUCACUUGAGCUCGGAGGAAUCUCUACAACAACGGGCUCUCGAGAGACGUAUCGAGAAUCAGCAACGUGUGCUCGAGAAUGAACAGCGAGUGAUGCCCAAGAAAGCCCUGGUUUCGGAAUCGAACUCACUCGAAAAACGACCGCUUGGAGAUCGGGAUAAACGGGUCUCUGAUAAACGGGUCUUGGGUCUUGAACGAGGGCUGGGGGAACGGGUUCAUGGCGACCACAAGAUGGGAAGGAAGGCAGGCGAUCUGGGAAAAAGAGCUUCUCGCGAAGUAAAUGAUUAUCCGGCUGAAAAUGAGUAUCCGGACGACGAUGACGACGAGGCGACACCCGUUGCGCACCGUCCGACACGUCGAGAACUCUCGGGCCGACCGUAUGAUGCGGAACCCGUCCUUCCAUGCCGGUCUGCGCCUUGCAGAUCCACUGCAGAAAAAGACCACCGCUCUGACGGGGCGGAAAACGCCAAUUCACUGCCCACACGAGUGGUCACCGACUCGGCAAUCUCGCCCAGACGCGUCGGCACCGCUCCCCCGCAGCCCAUCUCGCCUUGUAUUCGAGGCCGGUUCAGACCGCGUUCGGAGACACCCCCCGCGCAUACACGGUCCCCUAUCCAUGCCGGCAGAAUGCUCGACUUGGAAGGGCCCUCCGUCGUCAAUCAGGUCGCAGAGCGCAUGGGCCUCGGAUCCUUCAGUAGCCCGCCGCCACCCCCUCGGCGCACGGCUGCCAAUCAUGGACUGCAGUCCAACCACGGAGUUCAGGCUUCAACGACCAGCAAGGGCAUCGGACUGCACCGUUUCUCCUCGGAAACCAGCGA